UGUGUGUUCACAUGCUCUUGCAUCACACUUUCUGCAAAGUCUGUUUAUGGCAGUGUGCAUUGGGGUGUGGUAACUGCUGAGGGGCCAAAGAGGGUUGAGAAGUAGAGUGAUCGUGUGGACCAAGUUCGUGGCCCCUGGCACACAGCUCAGGAUGACAGCCCCCUGGAAAGUCCUCCAGGCCACCCUUCUGUUUCUCCUCCUGCUGUCUCACUCACUGGCCUCUGUGCCCUAUGAGAACCAGCCAGGUGCCAGCUACUCCGAUGCCCACAGCUGUGUAGGGUGUGUGGUGGUGAUAUCUGUGAUUGAGCAGCUGGCUGAAGUUCACAACUCUUCGGUCCAAGUGGCUAUGGAGAGACUCUGCAGCUACCUUCCUGAAAAGCUGUUCUUGAAAACCUCCUGCUAUUUCUUGGUUGAGACAUUUGGAUCAGACAUCAUAAAACUACUCGAUGAAGCCAUGAAUGCUGAUGUGGUAUGCCAUGCUCUGGAAUUUUGCAAGCAGGAUGCUGUCCAAUCACAGUGCCAUCUCUACCCACUUCCCCAGGAGGCCUGGAAGUUUACACUGGAGAAGGCGAGACAAAUCCUCAAGAGGUCCUCCACCACGAAAUAUCCUAGAAGUGGCGCAAAUAUUUGCUCACUGCCAUUUUUGUCCAAGAUCUGCCAGAAAGUUGAAUUGUCUUUAAAGAAGGCUGUGCCAUUCAAAGAUGUAGAUUCAGACAAAUACAGUGUCUUCCCAACGCUGCGGGGAUACCACUGGCGAGGGAGAGACUGUAAUGACAGUGACAAGACAGUGUACCCGGGCAGAAGGCCGGAUAACUGGGAUAUCCAUCAGGACUCCAACUGCAAUGGCAUCUGGGGUAUUGAUCCAAAAGAUGGAAUUCCAUAUGAGAAGAAAUUCUGUGAAGGUUCACAGCCCAGGGGAAUCAUUUUGCUGGGAGACUCAGCUGGGGCUCAUUUUCACAUCCCUCCUGAAUGGCUGACAGCUUCGCAGAUGUCUUUGAGCACCUUCCUCAACUUGCCAUCAGCUCUUGCCGAUGAGCUCAACUGGCCCCAACUCUCCGGUGUUACUGGAUUUCUGGACUCCACUAGUGGAGUUGAAGAAAAAUCCAUUUACCACCAUUUGAGGAAAAGAAACCAUUGCAAUCACAGAGACUACCAGAGUAUCUCAAAAAACGGUGCAUCUUCCAGAAAUCUGAAGAAUUUUAUAGAAAGCUUGGCUAGGAACCAGGAAUCGGACUAUCCAGCCAUAGUCAUAUAUGCCAUGGUUGGAAAUGACGUCUGCAAUAACAAAAGUGACACAAUACAAGAAAUGACCACUCCUGAACAAAUGUACUACAACGUCAUGCAGACUCUGAGUCAUCUAAAUUCCCACCUGCCCAACGGCAGCCAGGUUAUUUUAUAUGGCUUGCCAGAUGGAUCUUUUCUCUGGGACAGCUUGCACAACCAAUACCAUCCUCUAGGCCAGCUAAAUCAAGAUGUGACCUAUGCACAGUUCUUCUCCUUCCUGAGUUGCUUGCAGGUCAGUCCCUGCAACGGCUGGAUGUCUUCCAACAAGACCCUCCGGACUCUCACUUCAGAGAGAGCAGCCCAACUCUCCAACGUACUGAAGAAAACUGCAGCCACCAAGACGUUCACAAACUUCAACCUUUUCUACAUGGAUUUUGUCUUCCACGAAAUCAUAGAGGAGUGGCAGAAAAGAGGUGGCCAGCCAUGGCAGCUAAUCGAACCUGUGGACGGAUUUCACCCCAAUGAGGUGGCUUCACUGCUGAUGGCUGAUACUGUCUGGAAGAAAAUACAGCUCCAAUGGCCUCAUGUCCUGGGAAAGGAGAACCCGUUCAAUUCCCACAUUGAAGAGGUAUUUGGAGACCAAGGAGGACACUGAGUAUCUCCAGAAGGAG